GUAUCACCAAAGCAGCAGCUUGAGCGAUAUCUCUUCUUUACAGAGAACUUUCCCUCACCGAGCCAGUCAUUCGAAUGGAGCUUCAUAGCAACGAUACCGAGCAGCAAUUUCUUUCCAAUUCAGAAGUUAUUCGAUCCUCCCCCACUGAGCAGAGUUUCCAGAUCGAAUUGGGUGAACUAUUUGGUACUUCUAAUGGAAACUCUGGUGAAACUAUAUCGGACCAGUCAGAAAUUAAAACGCAAACAUCCGUCAGCAGCAAACCUGGGAGCGGAAAUGACACCGGUGGGCCUCCUGGAGACGCUGGCCCCAGCUCCCCGGACCGAGAACAGCUAGUAUCGGGUACACCUAAACCCAAGGAUCGCAUUUGGGCUUGUUGCGGUGGGGACCAGACUUGUUGUCCCUCAAACGGUGUCUGGCUUGUGGAUAACACCCCUGCCUGUAUGGAUUGCGAGCAUAGGGCGUGUUCCAGGUGUGAAAAGAGGGUCAUGGAGUAAAGGUGAGGCGGCGAGACAGGCAGGGGUUCUGGGCCUGAGAGUUUUUCCUUUUUGUUGUGUUGCCCUUUUUUGUUCGCGCUCUACGCUUUUGAGUUUAUUAUAUUCUAUCACAGUGCUUGUGUUUUUGUUGAGUUAUAACUUAAGAGCGGGCCUCUUCUAGUUUCGUGUAGGCUGUUUUUUUCAAGCUUUCUACGUCUACUACAAUCAAAUCAUUAUGUCGAGUUCCAGGUG